AGCUGCCUCAUUCUGCUUCUCCAGACUCAGUCCAACUCAUCCUCUCUUCCCGUGUUCUACUCCUCUGCUAGCUAGCUAGCUAGUGUUGGGCCCCAAUGGCGAGAGGUGAGCUGUUCCUUGCGGCGCUGUGCGUCGUCGUGGCCUCCGCUCUGGCCGCGAACGCCGACGCAAGGAAGAUGGUCGGCGUGUACGAGCUCAGGAAGGGGGAUUUCUCCGUCAAGGUCACCAACUGGGGCGCCACGAUCAUGUCGGUUAUCCUCCCCGACUCCAAAGGGAACUUGGCUGACGUUGUUCUUGGCAGGGACACCGUCGCUCAAUACGUUAACGACACUUCUUUCUUCGGCCCGGUGGCCGGCCGCGUAGCACAGAGGAUAGCCCAGGGCCGCUUCGUCCUCGACGGCAAAGUCUACCAUCUGAACAUCAACGACGGCAGGAACACGCUUCAAGGUGGUGGCAGAGGAUUCCACAAAGUCAUCUGGACGGUGAGGGAGUACGUCUGCGCCGGCGACUCCCCCUACAUCACCUUGUACUACCGCAGCUUCGACGGCGAGCAAGGCUUCCCGGGGAACCUGGACGUGCACGUGACGUACCGCGUGUCGUCGCCGUACACGCUGGGCGUGCACAUGAACGCGACGGCGCUGGACAAGGCGACGCCGGUGAACCUCCUGCAGCACACGUACUGGAACCUGGGCGGGCACGGCAGCGGCGACGUCCUGGGCCACGCGCUCCGCCUCGCCGCGUCGCGCUACACCCCGCUGGACGGCGAGAUGCUCCCGUCGUCGGGCCGCGUCGCGCCCGUCGCCGGCACGCCCUUCGACUUCCGGGCCCCGACUCCCAUCGGCGCGCGCAUCCGCCAGGUCAUGGGCGGCAGAGUCGUCGGGUACGACGCUAACUACGUCGUCGACGGGGAGCCGGGGCGCAUGCGGCCAGUGGCGGCGGUGCGGGACGGCGCGUCGGGCAGGGCGCUGGAGCUGUGGGGCAACCAGCCGUGCGUGCAGCUCUACACGGCCAACUGGCUGAACCACACCGAGGGGAAGGGCGGCGAGGUGUACGACCGGUGGGCCGGGUUCUGCCUGGAGACGCAAGGGUACCCGGACGCCGUGAACCACCCCGAGUUCCCGUCGCAGAUCCUGAGGCACGGCCAGGUGUACAGGCACGACAUGGUCUUCAAACUCUCGUUCUAAUCUAAACACGCAGGAUUGGGUGCGAGUUGGACUUUUGGUGGACUGUGUAGUAGUGUGCACAAGCAAGAAUGUCAUGUAAAACAAGUUAAUUGUUGGUGGUUGGAGGGGGCAAAAAAUAA